AUGGUCUCUUAUGAAAAGUCGCAAACGAGCUCGUCUGGGGAACGCGGCUAUAUGAUUGUUGUUGAAGGACUCGAUCGCUCUGGCAAGUCGACACAGUGUCAAAAGCUCUUCGAGAGAUUCGAGGCCCAAGGCAAAAGAGCCCGAUAUGUCAAGUUCCCAGACCGUACCACCCCUACUGGGCAAAUGAUUAACAGCUAUUUGACUGGCGAAUCUCAGCAAGACGACCAUUUCAUUCAUCUACUCUUCUCAGCUAAUCGUUGGGAGGCCAUCCGAAGUAUUCGUCAAGAUAUCAUGGAUGGCGUGACCGUGAUAGUAGAUCGCUACUCUUUCUCGGGAGCCGUCUAUUCAGCUGCAAAAGAGAACCCAGAUUUGUCACUCGAUUGGGCGUGGAAUCCCGAGAUAGGAUUGGUGAAACCAGAUCUACUUUUCUUUCUCGACAUCUCCUCCGCUGAUGCUGCGAAGAGAGGUGGAUACGGCGAAGAGAGAUAUGAGACCGAGAAAAUGCAGACCCGGGUUCGAACUCUCUUCGAGCAGUUGUUCUCCCGUCUGGACCAGGUCGACACCAAGACAGUCGACGCUGGAAGGACAAUGGACCAAGUGGCAGCGGAAAUUGCGCUUGGUAUUCGGGGUCUUUCAGAUUCAGCCGUAUCCUCGGGACCGCUCAAAGUACUAGGACCGUUAAAAGCGGCCUGA